UUAAUGAAAACUUCGGCGGGUGGGGUGAGCAGAAGGUUCUGGUAGUUGGAGCGGUUGGUGGGAAGUUGGAGCUUGUGAGCGUAACGGUUGUUAUCGCUGGGGUUAUUGUUUUGCCAUGGCCCGUGGGAACCAGCGUGAACUUUCUCGCCAGAAGAAUAUGAAGAAAACCCAAGAACAGAACAAAGGGAAAAGAAAAGAGGAUGCUUUGUCAGCUUCUCAGAGGAAACAAAGAGACUCUGAAAUUAUGCAGCAGAAGCAAAAAGCAGCUGAUGAGAAGAAGUCUCUUCAGGGAGGAGCAAAAUAAUAUGUGGCUACAGAGAGGACCUAAUAAUGCUGCAGCAUCUCAAAAUAUAGGGCCUAAAAAGACAUAUUUGUAAAAGUAGCCAGCCAUUAAAUGGUUAAUGUUUAUCUUCUA